GUGCAGAAUUCAUUCUUCGCUUGAUGCCUCCAGGAGAACAUUGAGAUGUUGUAUAUUCCGUCCUGACUUCACGACAGAACUUGCCACUGAUGAUGAGAUGUCGCAAAAUGGACCGUUCUUACAACGGUGCUCCAUGAGACCGUUGGAAAUCGUGUUGAUAUUUAGCCUUCAACAGAAUUGGUCGAGAAUGGUAUAUAUAUAUACACAUGAUAAUUUUCUUAUCAACCACUUCCUUCUCAUCCGAUAUUUGUUUCGCAGUUCAUCUCAACACAUUCUAGACAGUAACAAUGACGACAAUUACGGACAAUCAAGCAGCAUGGCAAACGGCUAUCAAGACAAGACCAUUGGAAGUCGGGCCAGGACGAACUCCAAACCCAGGAGAGAACGAGGUUGUGAUCAAGGUAGCAUACGCUGCUGUGAACCCAUGCGACUUCAACAUGCAACUCAACCCAUACUUCGACCUUGAGUAUCCUUUCAUCUGGGGUGUUGAUGUUGCAGGAACAGUCGUACAACUAGGUUCCAAAGUCACCCGAUUCAGGCUUGGACAGAGAGUCAUUGGAAACUGCGAAGGUAUGGUCACCAAGAAAGUCACCAAUACCGGUUACCAGCAUUACACCACCUGCCUCGAGAUCUUCGUCGCUGGCAUUCCCGACUCCUUGCCCCUCGCCAACGCCGCCGUCCUUCCGCUCUCAAUCUCCACAGCAGCCGCCGCUCUCUUCAUUCACCACAAACUCCCCUUUCCAACUCUGAACCCCAAGCCAACCGGAAAGACGGUCCUAGUCUGGGGUGGGAGUUCCUCAUGCGGCAGUUCAGUGAUCCAACUUGCAGUGGCUGCAGGAUAUAGCGUUGCUACAACAGCUAGCAGUGCGAAUUUCGAGUACGUCAAAGACCUGGGGGCUUCGCAUGUCUUUAAUCACAAGGAUUCGAUGAUCGUCGACGAGAUCUUGAAGGUUCUCGGGCCAGGUGAUCUCGUUGUGGAUUGUAUUGGUACCAAUGAGACGCAAAUUGCAUGCGGUAAAAUUGUGGGGAAGAUUGGCGGUGGAAGACUUCCGUUGUUGAAUCCUCCACAAGUUCAAUUUCCUGAAGGUGUUGAUGCUGUGUUUGUGAUUGCAUUGAAUGUCGGCCUGGUUAAUGUUGAGGUCGGUGAUGCUGUUUGGCGCAAAUACAUCCCCGAGGCUCUGGCAGUUAGGAAGUUUCAGGCGAAACCCGAUCCUUUGAUUGUUGAGGGUGGGCUUGAAAAGGUUCAAGAUGCAUUGGACAUUCUCAGAAAGGGUGUCUCGGCUAAGAAAGUUGUCGUUGAGAUUUCGAAAGAGUAAUCGAAAGGAGAGAUGUUCAAGAGGAAGAGAUCUUGGGGAAUGUGUAAACAGAAUGUUCUUGAGAAUUCCGUUGCACGACAACUCAUCUUGUUUGAUUUUAAAACCAGCCCUGGGACUUGUGGAGAAGGACCAUAUGCAACGGUAACAGUAUGUACAAUGCGCUUCCGAGUCUAACAUGAAGCUGCAAAUUUCUGUCUGCUAUCACUUUUU